AUGGAGAAAGUUAUUGUGGGCGUGGCUUCGGCUGCCUCAACAUUGGCAUGUUUGGCGUGUCUUAUUGUUAUUCCUCAGCUAUACAAUACUAUUCAUGAGGUAUGUUUUUAUAUUGAAAUUUUAAAAAAAAACCACUUCACUUCAACAAAACCAUGUUUUUUCUAGGUUCACGACGAAGUUCUUGAUGGUGUCAGCGUUUUUCGCGUUGAGACCGAUGCUGCUUGGACUGAUAUGAUGGAUAUUCAAAUAACUGUCACACCACCAUCAAAACCACGUGUCAACCCAUUCAAUUCAAUUUUCCGUCAAAAGAGGCAAUCGUUCUCUGGACUUCCAGCUUGGUGUCAAUGUGAACCGGCUAAACCAGUUUGUCCACCUGGCCCACCUGGUCCACCAGGAGAGCCAGGACAACCGGGAACUCCAGGUCCACCAGGUCCAGCUGGAGAAGAUAAUACUGCAACAUAUGCUCCGUUGACUUGCCCACCACUUGAUACAGCUUGUGUUAAAUGUCCUCCAGGAGCUGCGGGACCAGCGGGACCAGAUGGGCCAGCUGGGCCUCCAGGAGGAGAUGGACAACCAGGAAGUGCUGGACCUCCAGGAGCUGACGGACAACCUGGACCAGCUGGGCCACCAGGAGAUGCUGGAGCUCCGGGAGAUAAUGGGCCAGACGGACCACCAGGACCGCCAGGAAAGGAUGGACAGAAAGGAAAGGGAGAACCUGGAACUGCUGGACCACCUGGACCAGCGGGACCACCAGGGCCAUCUGGAAAUAACGGAGGACCGGGACAAGAUGGAGCUCCAGGACCACAAGGACCACCAGGACAAGAUGGAGCACCGGGUAAUGCUGGAGGAGAUGGACAACCAGGAUCACCAGGAGGACCUGGAUUGCCUGGAAACGAUGCUGCUUAUUGCCCGUGUCCACCAAGAUCUGCUGUUUUUGUCAAUCGAUUCGCUCAUUGA